AUGCGUUCAGCGCAAAAUCUAGGGCAGGUAUACGUAACAAAGGGAAUAUUUCCUCCUAUUAAGACACAUGGCCAAAUAGGGGAAACCCUUGAGCUCUACCAAGGAACAAACAAGGUAAUGGAAGAAAUAUUGAGCAGGAUUCACCAUGAUGAAAACCUUACCCUAAUUCGAAACACGGUGGAGUUAGGUAACUCAAAGGAUAAAUGCCAAGAGGCGUCAAGCACAUGUGGAAGUGUCUUAAAUGCUAUGGGCCUUGAUGAUCUAGAUUUGGGUAAGGCUAGAUAUUACGUUACGGAGCCUCCAAAAAGCCCAAUCCAUAACACAGAAACAGAUCAUCCUCCCCACGAGCCCAAAAAUAUUGAAUCCACAUCCUCAACUCAGGAUGACCCAAAUCAAUUGCAAAGAGAUCCAAGUGGGUUGCGUCUAACCAUAGACUUCGAAAGAAUGACUCUAAAAGAGAAAAGCCCUAGAAAGAGAGAUUUAUACUAA